CUGAGCGCUGCCGGGUCGUGUCGCUGUUGUUGUUUCCUGCCCGGUGCUCCGGUGUUUGCAGCUGUCAGCUAUGGGGGAGGCUGAUAAGUUUUAUUAUGUCUACAGCUGUGACUUGGACAUCAGUGUGCAGCUGAAAAUUGGAAGUUUGGAGGGGAAACGAGAACAGAAGAGUUACAAAGCUGUGCUUGAGGAUCCUAUGCUGAGGUUCUCUGGUCUCUAUCAGGAAACUUGCUCUGAUCUCUAUGUUACGUGCCAGGUAUUUGCUGAAGGAAAACCCCUAGCUCUCCCAGUGAGAACGUCUUACAAAGCAUUUAGCACAAGAUGGAACUGGAAUGAAUGGCUGAAGCUACCUGUUAAGUACGCAGAUUUACCAAGAAAUGCGCAAGUAGCGCUGACUAUAUGGGAUGUAUAUGGACCUGGGAAAGCUGUACCAGUGGGGGGAACAACUGUGUCCCUGUUUGGGAAGUAUGGGAUGUUCCGCCAGGGAAUGCAUGACCUUAAAGUGUGGCCAAAUAUUGAAGCAGAUGGCUCAGAACCGACCCAAACGCCUGGCCGGACAAGUAGCUCCUUCUCUGAAGAUCAAAUGAGCAGAUUAGCAAAGGAGCCCAACAAAGAAAGGAUGGAGGAACUCACCAAGGCUCAUCGACAAGGUCACAUGGUGAAAGUGGAUUGGCUGGACAGGCUGACCUUUAGAGAGAUUGAAAUGAUCAAUGAGAGUGAAAAACGCAGCUCUAAUUUCAUGUAUUUAAUGGUGGAAUUUCCUUGUGUAAAAUCGGACGAAAAGGAAUAUGGCAUAGUUUAUUAUGAGAAGGAUGGUGAUGAGUCAACUGCAAUCUCAUCAAGCUCAGAGAUUGUUAAAGUUCCAGAUCCACAGAUGUCUAUGGAAAACUUAGUGGAGAGCAAACAUCACAAGCUAGCCAGGAGCCUGAGAAGUGGUCCCUCCGAUCAUGAUCUCAAGCCUAAUGCAGCCACGCGAGAUCAGCUUAAUAUAAUUGUAAGUUACCCCCCAACAAAGCAACUAACUUCAGAAGAGCAAGACUUGGUAUGGAAGUUCAGAUGGUACCUCACAAAUCAGGAAAAGGCUUUGACUAAGUUUCUCAAGUGUGUCAACUGGGAUUUACCUCAAGAGGCCAAGCAAGCACUAGAACUCUUGGGCAAAUGGAAGCCAAUGGAUGUUGAGGACUCUUUGGAACUUUUGUCCUCUCAUUUUAAUAAUCCAUCAGUUCGGCGCUAUGCGGUUGCAAGACUUCAGCAGGCAGACGAUGAGGACUUGCUGAUGUACUUGUUACAGUUAGUGCAAGCUCUUAAGUAUGAAGAUUUUGACGACAUUAAAAGUGGUUUAGAACCGACAAAGAAAGACGGACAAGGUCCUAUGUCAGAAAGCAUGAGCACUACUGAAAUAGAAAGUACGCCAGUCAUUACUAGUGUGCUGCCAUCCGCGUCUCCGCCAGUAACUUCAUCUAAAGCUAAGGAGGGUCUGGAUGCAGAAUACUUAGAGCAAGAUCUCUGUACAUUUUUGAUUUCAAGAGCGUGUAAGAACUCUACACUGGCAAACUAUUUAUACUGGUAUGUGAUAGUGGAGUGUGAAGACCAGGAUACGCAACAAAGAGACCCUAAAACCCAUGAAAUGUAUCUGAAUGUAAUGAGGCGGUUUAGCCAAGCACUGCUGAAGGGCGAUAAGUCUGUCAGGGUAAUGCGUUCGCUGCUGGCAAGCCAACAGACAUUUGUAGAUAGACUAGUUUAUCUAAUGAAGGCAGUACAGCGUGAAAGUGGAAAUCGUAAAAAAAAGAAUGAGAGACUCCAAGCCUUGCUGGGAGACAAUGAGAAAUUGAAUCUUUUAGAGUUUGAACCGAUCCCUUUGCCGCUAGAGCCUCAAGUGAAAAUCAGAGGAAUUAUUCCUGAAAAAGCUUCACUGUUUAAGAGUGCUCUUAUGCCUGCAAAGUUGUACUUCAAAACAGAAGAUGGAGGAAAAUACCCUGUAAUAUUCAAAAAUGGAGAUGAUUUACGUCAGGACCAACUGAUACUUCAAAUAAUUUCACUUAUGGAUAAGCUGUUACGCAAAGAAAACUUGGAUUUGAAGCUCACGCCAUACAAGGUUUUGGCUACAAGCACAAAGCAUGGAUUCAUGCAGUUUAUUCAGUCUGUGCCUGUUGCAGAAGUUCUUGCCACUGAAGGAAGCAUACAGAACUUUUUUCGAAAAUAUUCUCCGAGUGAUAAGGGACCAUACGGAAUAAGCGCUGAAGUUAUGGAUACUUAUGUAAAAAGCUGCGCUGGGUAUUGUGUUAUUACAUACAUCCUUGGAGUUGGAGACAGACACCUGGAUAACCUCUUGCUAACAAAAACAGGAAAAUUGUUCCACAUUGAUUUUGGAUAUAUUUUGGGCAGAGACCCAAAACCCCUUCCUCCCCCUAUGAAACUUAACAAAGAAAUGGUGGAAGGAAUGGGAGGAACACAGAGUGAGCAGUACCAGGCAUUCCGCAAGCAGUGUUAUACCGCCUUUCUGCACCUUCGCAGGUAUUCCAACUUGAUUUUAAACCUCUUUUCACUCAUGGUGGACGCUAACAUCCCUGACAUUGCGCUUGAGCCAGACAAGACCGUGAAAAAGGUGCAGGAUAAAUUUAGAUUGGAUCUGUCUGAUGAAGAAGCCGUUCAUUAUAUGCAGACUCUCAUUGACGAUAGUGUCAAUGCCCUUUUUGCAGCUGUUGUGGAACAAAUACACAAGUUUGCGCAGUACUGGAGACGAUAGAUUGAUCCCGUGAUCACUAUCCACGUGAUUAGAAGAAAUAUACAAAAAUGUACCAGGACUGCAGUACUUUCUUGGAACGAAGCAAACUAUUCUUAAAUGCAUUCAGCAACUACAAAAUAAUGUCAUUUGUGCGUUCACAAAAUGUUCAAAACUAUUUAUCAUGUAAGCAUACAUCUUUAUUUUGUGUUUCUGCUGCCAUUGUUUAUGUAAAUUGGUGCAAGUGGCAGAAAUAGUGAGGAAAUACUGGAAUUGUUUUAUGGUUAUAAUUUAUCUUUGUUUAUGUCGAAGAACAAAUUAUAGUUGAAUGAAUAAUGAUAAAAAGUCUAAGUUUGAGCAGAGCUGCAAGACUCGAGUCUUAUUAAAUUGUUAACAGGCUCCAACUAUGGUUCCCAGUUCAGUUUAAAAUGGUCUGCUAAGAACAAAUUGCAAUGCAGGCGUUCUGAGAUGACAAUAUCUGAAAUAUAAUUUAUGAUAUGACCCAGAAAAAUCACUUAUCGGUUAAUGUGUGCCAUUAAAUAUUUACAGGCUUCAGUAAUAAACCUACAGACUGCUUGACGGAUUGUUUAAAGCAUUUCCAGUAUUGUUUAUUCCAGUUCUGAGACACAAUCUUUAUCACGUUGAGUUUUACUAAACAAAGAAACCUUAUUGUAAAUAUCCCAAUUAUAUCAGUUUUAUCAAUUCA